AUGGCCUACUACUACGAGGCGCGACCGCGGUCAUCGUCGCGGACGCGCACGACCACGGAGAAGCCGACUCUGGCGGGGCAUGGGUACGCAUACUUGCGCGGUCAUCAUCAACGCUCAGCGUCGUUGCCCGACGCGUACUAUGUGCGCGCAGCCCCGGAACGACCCGCGCGAGCGACUCCGGACGUGUACGCGCACCCAGCGGGCGACGCGUACGUCCGCGCGACGCCGGACGCUUACGCGCGCGCCAGCCCUGAUGGCUAUGUCCGCCUUGCGUACGACGCGCGUGGCUCGCGGAGCAGCAGCAGGCAGCGCGCCGAUCCGGGCGGGAGUCGGGACAGCUCGCGGGUGCGGGGACGCAAGGAGAAUGUGCGAAACGAUGAGGUGCCGUAUAAUACCGCGUACGCUCACAUUGAGCAUAUUCGGCCAGCGCAGAGGGCGGAUGCUCAUGCACGGGUACGCAAGCCAAGUUUGCUAGGGCAGACCUUCGCCUGGGUACCUGGCGUGUCUGGGCCCGAGCCUCUGAAGCGCCAAGCGCCUGCGGAGAAAGCGUCCCAUCCCCUGCGCACGUCUUCGCGUCCAACUACUCCCUCACAUACUCGCGCCUCCUCCGAUCCCCACUACAACGCGCCUCGCUCUGAGUCUCGCUCGCGCCGCUCCGAUUCUCGUACGCGACGCUGGCCGCCCGAGCCCAAGCCCAAGGUCCACACCACGGAGGACUGGGUACGGGAACAACAAGCCGUCGCCGCCGAAGAGAACGAAUGGCGGACGCGGCAUCAUGAGAAGCUGUUUGGGAAGCCGGUACAUCCUCUCGACGACGAGUACCCUCAUUUGCACCCACCAGAGGGCACGGACGACCCUCUGUGGGAUGAGCUGGCGCGGACGUACGAGCUCGACGCGGAGCGGUGGAUGCGCGAGCAGGAUGCUGCGCGGGCGGAUGCGCGGGCCCGGGAGCGGGAACGCGUGCUAAAGGAACAGAUGCACCGCGUCGAGGCGCGUAUUCGGGGGCGUCGCGAGGCUGAACGUGCACAGGCGAGCGAGGAGCGGGCGCGGAGGUAUGCGCAGGAGCGUCUCGGACGCGAGCGCGCGCGCAGCACCGUACGCGCAGAGGCGGCAUGGCGCGCGUACGAAGCAGGAUGGGAGCGGAUCGCGAAUCUGAAGAAUAGUGGGGAGGUGAUUGGGUUCGCGAGCGUACCGUGGCCGACUGAGCGCCCGCCGGCGCGAGCUACGGACGUGACGCCGGAGAAGGUCUCGGCGUUCUUGCUCUCGGACGCGCAUUCGAAGGACGUACCACGGAAGGAGCGGAUACGGAGGGCCCAGUUGCGGUGGCAUCCGGACCGCUUUCAGAGGCUGGUUCUGCGAGUUGUGAGUGCGGACAAGCAGGAGGUCGAGGAAGCCGCGGGGGUUGUGGCAAGAUGCCUGAACGAUCUCAUGGCGGCUGAAAGUGCCAGGGCUAUUCAGACGAGACGUGCGACACACUAG